GCCCAUGCUAACGCGAGGUUCAAGUUGCCACUAGCCAGUGGCAUUAUCGAAGUUACCUCACGAAUCGGUGCCCCUUCUUUUAGUUCGACCCAACUCAGUAACGCAGACCGCACCGCAGAGGAUCAGAGACCCCAUAAGCUCGAGCCUUUUCGAGCCUCCAUCCUUCUUUUGAUUGUUUGUUCCACUGCUCGUCUUCCCUGCAAUCUCAAAGCUAAUCUUUAGGGUGUGCGGGGCAAACUAGCUCGUUUGAGCUAACCCAGGCUUGCUGUGUUGUGGCGUUUGGUUCUGUCAAGCUAGGGAGGCAGUUAUGUAUGCAUCGAUCGUUCUGCCAGCCGUGACUCUUGCGACGAGAGCGAGCCGUUUUGGCUCUCCUCAGCGGGCGAGAUUUUUCUAGCCCAUGCAAGCCACUUUGCCCCUAAAAGCUAGGAGUUUUUAGCAGUUCCAAAUGCAAAACCUGGCCAAGCAAGACAAGAUUUUUCCUAGCCGGAGAUCCAAACACACCCUUAGUCUACAGAGUUCAAUUUUGUAGUUUCCCCCCUUGUUUCCUUGCUGUCUCCGGGAGUCAGAUCUCGCGUUCAAAAAGAUCAGAAGCAAGGCAAUGCGGUCACCGUCUCUGCUCUCGCAGUGCCUGGCUGGUUUGUUGUCUCAUGACAGGGCUGCAGCCCACUGCGUCAACAUCGUACAAGAGAGGGAGCCGCACCUGCCUUCGCCAGCGGUUGAGAUUGUCCCAUCAAAGAAUGUUCAUCCAUACAAGUACGCAGGCGAGAAUAUUGAAAUGCACGGCAUGAAUAUAUUCAAGGGAAAGAUCAGUGUUGUUGAUAUUGUUGGGCUACCUAAGUCAGAUAUUGUAACAUCAAAAGGUGAAGGGCCUUUGAAAUGCUGGGAGAGUUCAAUUGAUCUAGUAAAUGUACUUAAGGAUGAGAUCCGUGAUGGGCUUUUGACAUUCAGAAGCAAACGGGUUUUAGAGCUUGGCUGUGGAUACGGGCUUCCUGGCAUAUUUGCAUGCCUGAAGGGAGCUUCGACAGUUCAUUUUCAGGAUCCUAGUGCUGAAACAAUAAGGUGCAAAACAAUACCCAAUGUACUUGCUAACCUUGAACAGGCUCAAGACAAGCAGAGUCACCAUCAAGGAAGCCCCCUUACUCCAUCUCGGCAACAACUACCUCAAGAUAUCCAUUUCUAUGCCGGGGAGUGGGAGGAGCUUCACACAGUUCUGUCAGUAAUUCAGGAGGACGAGGUGGAUGCAUUAUCAGGUGUAGGGCUAGGUUUCUGUGAAGAUGACCUUUUGGAUGGAUAUAACAGCCAGGAUGGGAACAAUAUUUGCCAUGAAACUUCGUCGAGGCAAUCAAGAAAACUAUCAGGCAGCCGUGCAUGGGAGAGGGGAAAUGAGACUUGCACUGGAGAUGGUGGAUAUGACAUAGUGUUAGUCAAUGAGAUCCCUUACUCUGCAAGUUCUCUUCAAAAUCUCUAUUCGCUCAUAAAAAAGUGCCUGCGGCCACCAUAUGGAGUUAUGUAUCUUGCUGCAAGGAAGAACUACAUCGGUUCAAGCAGCGCGGUGCGGCAGUUGCGAGCAUUGGUGGAUGAAGAAGGUGCAUUUGGCGUGCACCUUGUCUCUGAGCCCCCUGAGAGGGAGAUCUGGAAACUCUUCUUCAAAUAGUUCGAUUCGGCUUGUCACAGAAAAGAAAAGAAAAAAGUUCAACGCGGCUGUGCAAAUAGCAGACGCUGCAUGGAACUCCAGUUUUGUAGAUAUCAAAAGUUCCAGACCAGUCUUUUGCCGAUUUUCUGCGUAACUUUCCCCUUCCUUUUUUUUUCUUUCUUUUUGGAGUUUGUUGUUGAUUCUGUUGAGUGCACGACACUGGGAAUCGCCAAAUGCAUGCGUAACAGCUAACUCAGAAUCAGUAUUGAUAUUCCAUUGAGAUUUUCUGUUA